AUGGAGAGGUACACCAAACCACUCACCUUUGCUGACUGCAUUAGUGAUGAGUUGCCACUAGGAUGGGAAGAGGCGUAUGACCCACAGGUCGGAGACUACUUCAUAGACCACAACACCAAAACCACUCAGAUCGAGGACCCCCGGGUGCAAUGGCGGCAGGAGCAGGAGCACAUGCUGAAGGAUUACCUGGUGGUGGCCCAGGAGGCCUUGAGCGCGCAGAAGGAGAUCUACCAGGUGAAGCAACAGCGCCUAGAGCUCGCACAGCAGGAGUAUCAGCAGCUGCACGCCGUCUGGGAGCACAAGCUGGGCUCCCAGGUCAGCUUGGUGUCGGGUUCGUCAUCCAGCUCUAAGUAUGACCCUGAGAUCCUGAAAGCUGAAAUUGCCACAGCAAAAUCCCGGGUCAACAAGCUAAAGAGAGAGAUGGUUCACCUCCAGCAGGAGCUGCAGUUCAAAGAGCGUGGCUUUCAGACCCUGAAGAAAAUCGAUAAGAAAAUGUCUGAUGCUCAGGGCAGCUACAAACUGGAUGAAGCUCAGGCUGUGUUGAGAGAAACAAAAGCCAUCAAAAAGGCCAUCACUUGUGGAGAAAAAGAAAAGCAAGAUCUCAUUAAGAGCCUCGCCAUGCUGAAGGACGGCUUCCUCAUCGACAGAGGGUCCCACUCUGACCUGUGGUCCAGCAGCAGCUCUCUGGAAAGUUCAGGUUUCUCACUGCCGAAACAGUACCUGGACGUGAGCUCCCAGACAGACAUCUCGGGAAGUUUUGGCGCAAGCAGCAACAAUCAGUUGGCAGAGAAGGUCAGAUUGCGCCUUCGAUAUGAAGAAGCUAAGAGAAGGAUCGCCAACCUGAAGAUCCAGCUGGCCAAGCUUGACAGUGAGGCCUGGCCCGGAGUGCUAGACUCCGAAAGGGAUCGGCUGAUCCUCAUCAAUGAGAAGGAGGAGCUGCUGAAGGAGAUGCGCUUCAUCAGCCCCCGAAAGUGGACCCAGGGGGAGGUGGAGCAGCUGGAGAUGGCCCGGAAGCGGCUGGAGAAGGACCUGCAGGCAGCCCGGGACACCCAGAGCAAGGCGCUGACAGAGAGGUUAAAGUUAAACAGUAAGAGGAACCAGCUGGUGAGAGAACUGGAGGAAGCCACCCGGCAGGUAGCAGCUCUGCAUACCCAGCUGAAAAGCCUCUCAAGCAGCAUGCAGUCCCUCUCCUCAGGCAGCAGUCCUGGAUCCCUCGCAUCCAGCCGGGGCUCCCUAGCCGCCUCUAGCCUGGACUCCUCCACCUCAGCCAGCUUCACUGAUCUCUACUACGACCCCUUCGAGCAGCUGGACUCGGAGCUGCAGAGCAAGGUGGAGUUUCUGCUCCUGGAGGGGGCCACGGGCUUCCGGCCCUCAGGCUGCAUCACCACUAUCCAUGAGGACGAGGUGGCCAAGACCCAGAAGGCGGAGGGGGGCAGCCGCCUGCAGGCCCUGCGCUCCCUGUCUGGCACCCCGAAGUCCAUGACCUCCCUGUCCCCCCGCUCCUCACUCUCCUCUCCGUCCCCGCCCUGCUCCCCUCUCAUUGCUGACCCCCUGCUGGCUGGAGAUACCUUCCUGAGCCCCCUGGAGUUUGACGACCCGGAGCUGAGUGCCACUCUUUGUGAACUGAGCCUUGGCAGUGGCACCCGGGAGAGGUACCGGCCGGAGGAACCAGGAAUGGAAGGCAAACAGUUGGGCCAAGCUGUGAAUACAGCCCAGGGGUGCAGCCUGAAAGUGGCCUGUGUGUCAGCUGCUGUGUCAGAUGAAUCCGUGGCCGGGGACAGUGGUGUGUAUGAGGCUUCUGUGCAGAGACCGGGUGCUUCAGAAGCUGCCGCUUUUGACAGUGACGAAUCCGAAGCAGUGGGUGCAACCCGGGUUCAGAUUGCCCUGAAGUACGAUGAGAAGAAUAAGCAAUUUGCAAUAUUAAUCAUCCAGCUCAGUAACCUUUCUGCUCUGUUGCUGCAACAAGACCAGAAAGUGAACAUUCGUGUAGCUAUCCUUCCCUGCUCUGAAAGCACCACCUGCCUGUUCCGGACCCGGCCCCUGGAUGCCUCAGACACUCUCGUGUUCAAUGAAAUGUUCUGGGUGUCCAUGUCCUAUCCAGCCCUUCACCAGAAGACCUUAAGAGUUGAUGUCUGUACCACCGACAGAAGCCAUCUGGAGGAGUGCCUGGGAGGCGCCCAGAUCAGCCUGGCUGAGGUCUGUCGGUCUGGGGAGAGGUCGACUCGCUGGUACAACCUCCUGAGCUACAAAUACUUGAAGAAGCAGAGCAGGGAGCCCAAGCCAGUGGGAGCCAAGGUCCCCACCCCAGGUCCUGAAAGCACGGAUGCCGUGUCUGCUCUGUUGGAACAGACAGCAGUGGAGCUGGAGAAGAGGCAGGAGGGAAGGAUCAACACACAGACCCUGGAAGACAGCUGGAGGUACGAGGAGACCAGCGAGAACGAAGCAGCAGAGGAGGAAGAGGAGGAGGGAGAGGAGGAUGUUUUCGCUGAGAAAGCCUUGCCGCAUAGGGAUGAGUGCCCAGCAUUAAAGGUGGACAAAGAGACCAACACAGAGACCCCGGCCUCAUCUCCCACAGUGGUGCGGCCCAAGGACCGACGGGUGGGCACACCAUCCCCAGGGCCGUUUCUUCGAGGGAGCACCAUUAUCCGCUCUAAGACCUUCUCCCCAGGACCCCAAAGCCAGUAUGUGUGCCGGCUGAACCGAAGUGACAGUGACAGCUCCACGCUGUCCAAGAAGCCACCUUUUGUUCGAAACUCCCUGGAGCGGCGCAGUGUCCGGAUGAAGAGGCCUUCAUCCGUCAAAUCCUUGCGAGCUGAGCGCCUGAUCCGCACAUCACUGGACCUUGAGCUAGACCUGCAGGCGACCAGGACCUGGCACAGCCAGCUGACUCAGGAGAUCUCAGUGCUGAAGGAGCUCAAGGAGCAGCUUGAACAAGCCAAGAGCCAUGGGGAGAAGGAGUUGCCACAGUGGUUGCGUGAGGACGAGCGCUUCCGUCUGCUGCUGAGGAUGCUGGAGAAGCGGAUGGACCGAGCAGAGCACAAGGGUGAGCUUCAGACAGACAAGAUGAUGCGGGCAGCUGCCAAGGAUGUGCACAGGCUUCGGGGCCAGAGCUGUAAGGAGCCCCCGGAAGUGCAGUCUUUCAGGGAGAAGAUGGCAUUUUUUACCCAGCCUCGGAUGAAUAUCCCGACCCUCUCUGCAGACGAUGUCUAA